CCGCCCCAGCGGUUGGCCUGUGUUGUAGCGGCCGCCGGGCCCACCGAGCCAGUCUCCAGCUCGGGACAGCGUGGUGGAGGGCCCGGCCUGCCGGCGGGGCAGCCAUGGAAGCGGCGGCGCGGAGGCGGCAGCAACCGGGAGCGGCGGGCGGCCCGGGCGCGCAGCCGGGCGCCUCCUUCCUGCAGGCCAGGCACAGCUCCGUCAAGGCUGAUGAGGCUGCCAGCACAGCUCCCUUCCACCUUGAUCUCUGGUUCUACUUCACACUGCAGAACUGGAUUCUGGACUUUGGCCGCCCCAUUGCCAUGCUGGUGUUCCCUCUUGAAUGGUUUCCGCUCAGCAAGCCCAGUGUGGGGGACUACUUUCACAUGGCCUACAACAUCAUCACACCCUUUCUCCUGCUCAAGCUCAUCGAGCGGUCCCCCCGCACCCUGCCACGCUCCAUGAUCUACGUCAGCAUCAUCACCUUUAUCAUGGGCGCCAGCAUCCACCUGGUGGGCGACUCCGUAAACCACCGCCUGAUCUUCAGCGGCUACCAGAACCACCUGUCGGUCCGAGAGAACCCUAUCAUCAAGAAUCUCAAGCCAGAGACGCUGAUCGACUCCUUUGAGCUGCUCUACUACUACGACGAGUACCUGGGCCACUCCUUGUGGUACAUCCCCUUCUUCCUCAUCCUCUUCAUGUACUUCAGCGGCUGCUUCACUCCCACCAAAACUGAGAGUGUGAUGCCGGGGGCGGCCCUGCUCCUGGUGGUGCCCAGUGGCCUGUACUACUGGUACCUGGUCACCGAGGGCCAGAUCUUCAUCCUCUUCAUCUUCACCUUCUUCGCGAUGCUGGCCCUGGUCCUGCACCAGAAGCGCAAGCGCCUCUUCUUGGACAGCAACGGCCUCUUCCUCUUCUACUCCUUUGCCAUCACGCUCCUGCUCGUAGCGCUCUGGGUUGCCUGGCUGUGGAAUGACCCUGUACUAAGGAAGAAGUACCCAGGUGUCAUCUACGUCCCUGAGCCCUGGGCCUUCUACACGCUCCAUGUCAGCAGCCGACACUGAGCCCCCGGCCCUGGCUGCUGGUGCUCUGCCGGGUGGGAGGUGGGCCAUUGAGGGUGUCUGAGCAUGUGGGUGUGUGUCUGUGUCUGUCUCAUGUGUGCGUGGCUGAGAGCACGGGUGCGUGAGUUUGCGUUGUGCACAUGGAUGGGGUGUGUGCGUGUGCUGGCUUGUGCACGUACAGUGAGUGUCACUGUGAGAGUCACUUGUUUUGGUCAAGUCUCUGCGGUUUGGCUCUUCUCAGGACGGGAUCUGGUUUGAGGCAGUGUGUCCCGGCCAGGCCCUGGGCCCUGUCCUCCUGUGCACCUGACUGGAGUCAGGCCCUCACUCCCACUGCUCAGGGCUGUCUCUUCUCCUGGGGGUCUUCCAGUAGCUGCACAAGAGAGGCCUGAGUGGGGCAGAGGUCAGGAGGGGACUUGGCCUGUCACCCCCUGACCUGGCUCACUGCUCAGACCCGCCCCGACCCUGGAGGCCGGAUGACACAGGUUACAUGAACUUGCUGUGUGUUCAUGAGCAAAGUGCACCCCUCGGGAGGGAUGAGUGGUUCUACCCGGCCCCUGCCCCCUCCUACCCUGGGAGGGUACACACCCCAGAUCCUCACCGAACCUCAGGCUGCGGGGAGCCAGAGACCAGCCCUUCCCCUAACCUGAUCUUGGCGCCUGGCAGUGGCUAUGCCCCAGCCACGUAGCUCUGCCAGCAGCUGUCUCUACCCUCUCCCCGCAACCACAGGUUUUUAGUGGCAGCUGGAGGCAGAGUUCUCCCUACUUGCACUGUGUCCUGAGCCCCUCAGCAGGGACGGGGACAUCUUGUCUCAGCCUGAAUCUACACCUUCCCCCACACCAAGGCCCUGCGCCCAGAAGAGGGAGGCCUCAUCCUGGGACCCCCUCUGCCCCCACCUCCCCAGACACUGGACCAGGUCUCCUCCCACAGCUGAUCUCCCAGCAGAAUCCUGCGGGCGGCUCAGAGGCCCCGCCUCCUCCCCUGUGCUCUCAGGGAGCCCUGUGCCUCAGAUUCUCCUUUCAUGUAGGGGUCCCUCCCAGCCCCGUGAGUCCUGUCUGCUGGCAGCAUCUGGGCUGAGGGGUGUGAAUAAAGGUGGUGUGAAUCCAA